UUGGACAAGUCGCCCUUCCAGACAAUUGUCCUCCUUCAUCCUUCGAUCUUCUUUCAAUUUGCUAUUCGCUUUUCUCAGUCACUCGGUCCUUCGCUUCGGUCAUACCCAUAUCACAAUGGGUCGCUUCGGUAUCCUCUCACUGGCUCUGCUCUCUUUCCAGGCCCUGAUUGGCAGUGGUCUCGCCGCAGAUACUGCUAAGAAGGCUGAGGAGAAAGAGCAGCUGGCAGUCACGGCACAGGCUACUUUCCCCGCUGCUUCGGAGAUCUUUGGGGUGAAGCUUGUCAAUGGUCACCCUACCGAAGCCGUCAUCACCUUCACCAACAAUGAGCCGGCCCCCGUUACCGUGAACUUCGUCGGUGGCUCUUUGUGGAGCCUUGAGGAGAAGAGCAGCAUUGUUCGCAAUCUGACUACCACGAGAUACGGUGUUGAGAUUCCAGCUGGUGAAAAGCAGUCUCUGAGCUACAGUUUCGCGACUGAAAUGCAUCCUCAGGACUUGAGGCUCAACUUGGUUUCCCUUAUCUUUGACGGUGAUGGAGCUAUCUUCUCUCUCCCAGCAUUCAAUGGUACUGUCAGUGUUGUCGAGCCUGAGACCAGCAUUUUCGAUCCGCAGAUUCUCUUCCUAUACUUCUUCCUCUUGACUUGCCUCGCUGGUGUUGUUUACUUUUUCUAUACUGUCUGGAUCGCUCCGUACCUGCCUCAGAAGCGUAGGGGUGGAAAGGGGGAUUUCUCCAAAAAGGCCUCCGAGAAGAAAGAUUCUACAAGCCAAUCUGUUGAUGGAACCAACCCAACAGCUGCAUCGACUACCGUCUACAAUGCCGAAUGGAUUCCGGCACACCACAUCAACCGUCCCGAGCCCAGGAAGGUGAAGGGCGCCUCCCGGUCCAAGAGUCGUGCUUAAUUAAUAAGCAGGCAUUGGUACAUUUGGGGAUGUCUUUUACAAGAGGAAACUCCUAGUCAGUGUCUUAGCACUGUGGUCAGUUUGGGGGAGCUUUGGUAUGCUGAUACCAAGAAACUGUCAGGUAGCGUUUCUUUGGUGAUGAUUGCUGAAAAUGCGAUUGAUCCAAGGCUGCAGCAGUGCACGUGGUAAAAGGUUUACUUGGUACAUCUGCUAUGCUGUGUGAAACACAUUUGUGGUCUCCGGCUACAUACAGCUGUGGAAUUGGUCUAAAAACCAAAAGCCUGUCAACUCAAUAAUUAUAAAUUUAAAGAAAAAUAUGAAUUAAUAUUUACAACCUUUUCCAA